AUGAAAGCUGAUCAAAGUCAUGCAACCUCAAAGUUGAUUAGUGGUUACAUUAUUGACAAUCUUCGAGACCCAAGGUUUCUAUAUAUGUUUUAUGCAUAUGGAUCAUCAAUAGCUGGUUGGAAUCAUUGUAGACCAGUGAUUGCUGUAGAUGCAACUUUUUUGAAGUCAAAAUUUCGUGACUGGAAUCAAUCUAUUGCAUAUGGCAUUGCAAAGGUAUAUCCUGAAAGCCACCAUGGGAUUUGUAUCUAUCAUAUGGAGCAUAACCUAAAGCGAAAGAAAGUGAAAAGUGAGGUCAUAAAACUUUUCCAAAGUGUUGCAAGAGUAUACAGGUGCAAAGAAUUUGAUUUAUACAUGUCAGAUAUAGCAAAAGUUGAUAAGAAGACUUUUGACUGCUUGAUGGAAGAACCACCGAAAAGGUGGGCAUGUUCUUGUAGUCCACGACGAAGAUAUGACAUGCUCACAACAAACAUAGUUGAGUCAAUGAAUUCUGUGCUAUUAGAAGCAAGGGAGCUGCCUAUAUUAAGAAUGAUGGAUUUCAUCCAAGUGAAGCUACAACGAUGGUUUUAUGAAAGAAGAAAUAAAGCAGAAGGAACUUAUUAUGACGUUUCUUGUUGGGUAGAAGAGGAAUUGAAUAAAAAGAUAGAUUUAGCUUUUACUUUAAAUGUCUUCCCUGUUGAUUCAUGGCGUUUUAGAGUUGAGGAAGAAGGAAUUACUUUCUUGGUGGACUUAAACAAAAGAACAUGUCAUUGUUAUCAGUUUCAAUUUGAUGAAUUACCAUGUAUACAUGCAAUUGCAGCUAUCGAGAAGAGAAACAUCAAGAAGUUCAAUUUCUGCUCGCACUGGUACUUAAAGGAAUCUUGGUUGAAAACAUAUGAAAGACAAAUACAUCCUGUAGGACAUACUGAUUCUUGGAUUGUACCAGAGAGUGUUAAGUCACAAAUUAUUAAACCUCCAGAUUUCAAAGUGCCACCAGGUAGAAGGCAGAAGAAAGGCAUAUUCUAG